CUUGACAUCAUGGGUGCCGGCGCGACAUUUCCAAAGGCCCUUUACACUGACGCGAUCUUUGCAUAUCGUUUCGUACAGUCAGAUGUCUCGAUCACAUACUUGGACACUGGAUCAUGGGGAGGAAAGUCGAGAAUCAAAGACGGAGAUAAACAGACACCGGACGAGUAUGGACAGCCGUACAACAUAGACUUUGCUGGCUCAGAUUCCCUGCUGUCAAACAGUGAUUAUGCUUCAUAUCCUGAUCUGCAGAUGUAUCCUGCCGUUGCUGGGGCAGUAGUUCCCAUCUACAACUUGCCUGAGCUCAUGGAAGCGAAGAUUUCCCUGGUGCUAAAGACGCGGACUGUCGCAAAGAUCUUUGCAGGUGAAAUCAGGUAUUGGAACCACAAGGACAUCAUUGCUGAUAAUAGCAACAGUCCCAUUUCAAGCAAGGUUCUCCAGGGUCUGAACACAACCAUCAAGCUAUUUGUGCGCUACGACAAGUCUGGAACAACCGAAAUAUGGAAGAAGUCUCUUUCAGCAGCCUAUCAGAGCUUCAAGACCAGCAUAGGCGAAGAUUCUUCCAACAAGUGGAACAAAACUGACCCGUCCGUCUACAACAUGCGCGAAGGAAAUGAGGGAGUGGCUUCCGCAGUCUUGGCCACUCCAUACUCCAUGGGAUACUCAGUGCUGGGGAACGCGCUGGACCUUGAGCUUCCUGUGCCUGAGCUCCUGACCGGCACGUCGUCCAAGCCGCGUCGUCUUGUUAAUGAAACCCCUUGCAUUGCAGACUUUGGAAACAAUGGCGACGACCCGGAGCGGCUGACGGCAGACGUUCACGCGGCUUCUGGAUCGCAGGCUUGGCCUAUGGUUGGGUACACCUAUCUGGUCAUGAGGAAGAACACUUUG